CCCAUUCUUUGUAUAUUGAAAGAGAAAACAUAUGGUUUAUCUUCAUUUAGGAAUUAACACCACGCCAUGUUGUUAAUAUUGCGGUGUCGCUUGCUUUUUUAAGCAAACGUUCUCUGGUUGAUUAACUUUAAGUUCUGCCCGGACGAUUUAUCAAACGCAACAGUUUCCGGUUUGAAGUAAAAACACAACUUUGACAUUGGUCGCUUACUUGCGUUAAAUAUGGUUUCUCUGUCUUUAAAUUCCUUUAAACAAAUAAUGAGAGCAAUGGUGGAUAAUCCAGGCUUUGACAGAGUCCUGCGCAAGGUGGACGUUUUGUCUGCAAGCCCGGGUAAGGUGGUGUGUGGUUUGCGGGUAGAGGAAGAGCACACCAACCGAGGAGGGACGCUCCAUGGGGGACUGACAGCCACCCUGGUGGAUGUUAUCUCCACCAUGGCCAUCAUGUACAGUGAGAGGGGAUCACCAGGAGUCAGUGUGGAUAUGAACAUAACAUACAUGAAUGCUGCCAAGAUAGGAGAGGACGUAAUCAUCACUGCACAGGUUCUAAAGCAAGGACGGACACUGGCAUUUGCCACAGUAGACCUCACCAGCAAAGACUCCGGGAAGGUCAUAGCACAAGGCAGACACACUAAACACCUCGGUGGCAGCUGAACUCUCUCCUAUGUGCCUGUCUGUAAAUCAUGUAUGGUCAAAACAGUUGGGGAAGAGGUGAACUAAUCUCUGACUGUGAAAACAAUGUUGUUAACAAAUCCUUCUCAGCUGCUUACUUAAUGCAUGUUGUUACACUUCGUUCAUCAAGUUACAGGAAAACUAACAACUAUCUGAUUCACUCCUGAAGGAAACACUAUCGAUGUUUCAUGCACAUGCAAUAAAAGAAAAAGACAAGAGA